AGAAAGCCCUUCAAACAACGAAAUUCCUCUUCAAUUUCUCUCUACUCACCUAAACUCUCUCUAUUCAUUCUUAUCACCUGUGUAAUUAUCUUUAUUUUCCUCCAAACCCAUACUUUAUUACAAUCCAUACACUCUUCCCCAUCCUCCCCUGCAUCAUGGGCUUUCCUACCCAACUUCAACAACUGCUCGAUCGAGAUCAAAGCCAUGGCCACCAAAUUACGCGAAUCAGUCACAUUCCUCCCUCUAAAGGACUUAAGGUACACAAACACAGCCUUACAAGGCCACACAUGGUUCAUGAGUUCCAUGUAUGACACUCACGAGGAAGGUGAGGUACAAUACCAGCAAUUCCCUUCUGAGGCCUCAAAAGGUAGAUUACUUUGCAUAUUGGGUCACGACACACACGAUGGCUCAUGGAAUUCCUAUGCCUUGGCAUGGCCAGAAGCACUACCCCACAAGGCCACUCUCUUAAAGGGUCUCACCUUUGUCUCCUAUAACCAUUACAAUUAUGACAACAUAUGGCAUGGCUUAUCAGCAAUGGUUCCGUUCGUGGCGUGGCACAGGACGAUUGGUUCUUGUAGAGUCCCUAACCGUUGGAUUCUGUACCAUUGGGGUGAGCUCAGGACUAAGAUGGGUUCUUGGUUGAGGUACCUCAUGGAGGCCACCUAUGGUGGUGCCCUUAAUAUGGAAGGGUUUGAUGGGAUUGAAGGGCCUGCUUGCUUUGAAGAGGCUGUUGUGAUGAGGCACAAUGAGGGUGGGAUGUCAAGGGAGAGGAGGAUGGAGGUUUAUGAUCUGUUGAGGUGUAAGGCACGGGUGUCUUGUAAUGUGAGUCUUGAGGGUAGGAUUGCGGAGGUUAACGAGAAGGGAGUGCCGGUUAUUGGGCUGACACUGUUCAUGAGGACCGGAGCGAGAUCAUUCAAGAAUGACUCUGCUGUGAUUGAGAUCUUCCAGGGAGAAUGUCUCAAGGUGGAAGGUUGCAGGGUCAGUGUUGCUUACUCUAAUAAUCUCAGCUUCUGUGAUCAGGUGAGAUUGAUGAGCUCUACGGACAUAUUGGUGUCUCCACAUGGGGCCCAAUUAACGAACAUGUUCUUCAUGGAUAGGAACAGCAGUGUAAUGGAGUUCUUCCCCAAAGGAUGGCUGAAACUAGCUGGAGUGGGGCAGUUUGUGUACCAUUGGAUUGCGAGCUGGUCAGGGAUGAGACAUAGAGGUGCAUGGAGGGACCCGAACGGGGACAAAUGUCCUUACCCAGAAGACGAUCGCCGAUGCAUGUCCAUCUACAAGGGUGGCAAGAUCGGCUAUAAUGCUACCUUCUUUGGAGAGUGGGUGAGGGAGGUUCUACAGGACGUGACGCAGAGCAAGAUGGAAGAAGUUUCAAAUUUACAGAGCAAACAGCGUUUGAGAACCACCGGCUGUGCCUGUGAUUAAUUAGUUAAUUAAUUAAAUCAAAGCUGUUACCGCAGUAGGCAUAUUUCUUUCAAAAGUAAUUCUAAUAUUCCUGAUUGAUUUGUGG